AUGGUCUCUCUAGGAUCUUGUGUUCUAAGUGGACAUUAUCAAAGAAAAAUAGAAUAGGCGCACGGUCGAAUUGGAAACUAAGUCCAAAGAAGCAAUUUAGUUUUGUUUAUUCGAAUUGUAAAUUGAAUUUUAAACCGGUUGUAAGGAUAUUAAAAACCUGAAAAAUGUCGGAUGUUGAGGACGACUUUAUGUGUGAAGAAGAAGAAGAUUAUGGUUUGGAGUACUCCGAAGACAGCAACUCUGAGCCUGAUGUGGACUUGGAGAAUCAAUAUUACAACUCGAAAGCAUUGAAAGAGGACGACCCCAAAGCUGCACUUUCCUCGUUUCAAAAGGUUUUGGAAUUGGAAGGCGGUGAGAAAGGCGAGUGGGGCUUCAAAGCACUAAAGCAGAUGAUUAAAAUCAAUUUCAAGUUGAAUAACUAUUAUGAAAUGAUGAUCAGAUACAAGCAGUUGCUGACUUAUAUAAAGAGUGCAGUCACCAGGAACCAUAGUGAAAAAUCCAUCAACUCAAUUCUCGAUUACAUCUCCACUUCUAAAAAUAUGGAACUGCUUCAAGACUUCUAUGAAACUACAUUGGAUGCCUUGAAAGAUGCCAAGAACGAUAGACUGUGGUUCAAAACCAAUACCAAGCUUGGAAAACUCUACUAUGAUCGCUCCGAUUUCAACAAACUGGCGAGAAUAUUGAAACAGUUGCACCAAUCUUGCCAAACCGAUGAUGGUGAAGAUGAUUUAAAAAAGGGAACACAAUUGUUGGAAAUCUACGCACUUGAAAUUCAAAUGUACACUGCACAAAAGAACAAUAAGAAAUUGAAAACUCUUUAUGAACAGUCUCUUCACAUAAAAUCGGCUAUUCCUCAUCCACUGAUUAUGGGCGUUAUUAGAGAAUGUGGUGGAAAAAUGCACCUUCGAGAAGGGGAGUUUGAAAAAGCACACACAGAUUUCUUUGAAGCUUUCAAGAAUUAUGAUGAGUCUGGAAGUCCAAGGAGAACAACAUGCUUGAAGUACUUAGUUCUAGCCAACAUGUUGAUGAAAUCUGGUAUAAAUCCUUUUGAUUCACAAGAAGCAAAACCGUACAGGAAAGAUCCAGAGAUUCUAGCGAUGACGAAUCUUGUUUCGUCUUACCAGAAUAAUGACAUCAAUGAAUUCGAAACGAUACUGAAAGAACAGCGAAAGAAUAUCAUGGAUGAUCCUUUCAUCCGGGAACACAUAGAAGACCUUUUACGAAACAUCAGGACACAAGUACUCAUCAAACUAAUCAAACCGUACACAAGGAUUCAUAUACCGUUCAUUUCGAAAGAAUUGAACAUAGACGCCUGCGAAGUGGAAAGUCUAUUAGUGUCUUGCAUUUUGGAUAGUACGGUUCGGGGAAGGAUAGACCAAGUGAACCAAGUAUUGGAACUGGACAAAGGAAACGUAACAGGUGGCCGAUACAGUGCUCUGGACAAGUGGACCACUCAGCUCUCUUCGUUGCACAUUGCUGUUGUCAAUAAAAUGGUCUAACACAUUGUCAUCACGAUGAAAAUAAUUUUACAAACAAUUCGUUGUCGAGUAAAUGAACGAAAAUUAAUGCAUCUUAAUUGAUUGAAUUUAAAAUUGAUAUUUUGAUAAUUAUUUAUUAUUGUUCAACUAAAAUUUUGAUUUAAUCCAGUUCAUUUACUGACUACUGAAUGCUGUUUUCAAAAUUCUCCAUUUCAAAGUGUGUGCACAAAGAGAGCGGUCAGGCGUUCCGAGUUCCAGUUGUCUAACAAGGGUUUAUAGAUUAUUUAUACCCUCCUAAGACUGCUCUCUGUAUGCACACACACUUGAACAGUUUUAUAGAUUAUUUAUACCCGUCAAAUUAAUACUUUAUAGAUAUUGUUUCCUUCUUGAACGGUAAAUGGAAUAAGUUUCAAGUUCACGUAAACUUCAUAAGUUUGAGUAAUGAGAAUAAUUCAUUAUGAUUUAAAUAAAUUUUUAUGCUAAAAUGA